AUGGACAACAUUCCUUUCCCUACGGUGCCAUAUAAUCGGAUGGAGCCCCCAGCUCAGCGUGAGAAGAGGAUCAAAGUGCUCGCGUUGGGCAUGUCCCGCACUGGGACUAUGUCUCUUUACGUUGCCUUGAAAGAACUGGGAUACAACUGCUACCACAUGGCAGAAUGUAUUCUCAACCAGCACAGCGACUCCUUAGUUCUAUGGAAUCGCGCAAUCGAUGCCAAAUUCAACGGAAACGGUCGCAAGUUUUCCGGUGCUGACUUCGACCAGAUGCUUUGGCGUUACGAUGAGGUUACCGAUAUCCCCUGUAUUCUCUUUGUUGAGGAGCUCAUGGAUGCCUAUACCGAUGCAAGGAUUAUUCUGACCGCUCGCCCCGUCGAGUCCUGGUUGGCUUCCAUGGAGCGCACAUUCUACACCAUUCUCAGCUGGAAGCGCUGGAAGUAUUUGGAGUUUGUUGAUCGGAGUUACAUUGGCCUCUACAUCCCACUUCUCCGAUCUCCACUAUCUGUGUGGACUAACGGCAACUGGAAGAACACUAGUCGUUUGCCCGAUGGCUAUGCUGCCCAUUAUGAGCUGGUAUGUGCCGCUGCGCGGAGGCGAGGCCGCGAGGUGUUGGAAUUCAGGGUCUAG